GGAUGACCAAUUAAAGACUCUGUUCUUCCCACGGUUGACGCGAUGUAUUUUUAUUUGUGUGAUUUUUGGUCCCUGACAUCCCAGUGUUUGUGUCGUGACUACUACUUACUUGUCCACUUGACCUAGCGAAAACAUUUCAUCGAUGGAGGAGCAGCGAACAGCAGAGCUAGAGGACUGAGCUGCUGGAAGAAAACGGUUGGGCCCGAGCAGCUGCUGCUGUUUUCACUCUGCAGGCCACAAUGAUCACCGUCAGCCCGACGCCUGCUUCACUUCAUCAUCCAAAACCAUGCGAAUCAGCAUCUAAACGAUUGAGUCGAUCUCCCAAACGAGUCAGAUCGACACCUCCAACAGCUGAUACGGACAAAAUGCCAGCAUCAGCUCUGCUCAACAGCGUAUCCUCUUCUGCUUCUUCGUCUUCUUCCUCGUCCUCGGCCUCCGCCUCAUGUGCAUCAUCCACUGGGUCUGGGCCAUCGUCAUCACGCUUGAACCUCGGACAAGCUAGACCUCCCUUGUCCUCGAGACGUGGCAUAUCCUAUGGCGAAGAUACAGAUAGACAUGUCAAGACGAGUCCAUGGAGGAGUAGAGAACCUAUCUCAGAUUGGGGCUUGAACAGGAGGCGGGAAAUGUCGGUUCCUCUGGUGAGUCGUCGAUUUCUUCUUUUCAUGUCUCAGGGAAAAGGCCCAAAAAUAUCUGGAGCGCUCUCGAGGAGAGAUCGACAGAGCGCAGCAGAGAAGGUUAUGAGAAUGUCUCAUGGUCAUCGAUUGCUCGUCCAGUGGCUCUCCAUGUGUUUACAUCCCUCCCAUCCCAGCUCAGCUCUUUCCUGCGAUCAUACAUGUGUUAUCAUUAUUGUUGUUGUUGUUGUUUUAGUACCUGCUGACAUUGCUUUCUCCCCAUUUUACCAUCGAUCGCUGUCCUAUCACGUUGUCACCUUCGUCAUGGCUUUGGAUAUCGGUCUACAGCUCUCCCAAUCCCUCUCUACGUUUUCUCUGUCACAACCCGAUGCAAAUAACUUUGGGCUAUUCCCGGCAGGUAAUGACGAGUCUGAAAAUACCACUCCAGCAGCAGUCUAUGCACCAAGAUCGACCUUCCCGUUCCAUACACGUACACCUUCCAACAAGUUGACCCUCCGGACUCCUCGUCGUACGCCGGGACAUAAUGCCAAACACUCGUUCUUUGGAGACUUGACUUCUGAUCAUGUUCACCCUUCAACUGCACCUCUUCCUCAGAUACCUGCUUUCCUUGGCAGCCCGUUCUCCUCUAAAAACGCUAGGGGAGGGUACAGAUUUCACCCAUUGUCGCCGUCAAAGGGCAUCAUGACGGAACGGAUCGGCCACGGUGGAUUCGACAACCUCCAUCACGACUGGAUGGAUAGGACAGAAUGGAUGUACGAGCAGCAAGAGCAAAUCAUGGAUGAUGCCUCAGAUCAUAUACCGUCUCGGAUCAGCAACAAGUCUCCCAAGACACGGCGAGACCCAUCAUCCGUCUCGUCCAUCGAGGACAUCUGCGAUAGUGGAACGAGCUCAUCCUCUCUCAUGUCACUAGGCAGGAGCUCUGGAGAACAGGGUCGACCUUCGAUUGUGACUGUUUGGAGCGACUCUGAGAUCGCCCAAAUGGAUGAAGAGGAAGAGGAAGACCCAGCGACACCCAGCCGACAGCUGUUUGGUCCUUCGUCCACUGCUGUCGAUAUCUUGGAGAUGUCCGUCAAGACGAAGGACUCGCCCGCCGUGUCUCCAUUGGAAGAAAAAGCUCGUUCAAGACAACGAUCCCCACUGCAAGUCUUCUUCAUGCGAACGCCCGAGACGGAAUUAGCGGAUCCGAUUGCAGAUGUCACGACACCGACGGCAGGCUCGGUGUCGGGGUCGAUGUCGAAGACCAGCAGCCUGUUGCCUCGUCUCAUAUCCUCUCGGAAGUCGUCUCGGGCGAGUCCCACAAGUCCAGCGAUCACCCAAUUUUCUGUCAAUCAACAUAGCCAGUCACUGUCACAGGUCCAGGCACCGCGCAGCGUUCCUCCUGCACCAAUCAGUAGACUACCCAUGUCGAAAUCGCGCCGGAGCCUUUUGAAAGACUUUACUGGCGCGAACUGCGCUCGUACCGAGCCUAGAUGUGUCCAGAUUGCAGAUUGGACCCCUAGUGUCCGACUGAGUGAGGAAUCCGAUCCCGAUGAAUCGCCUUCCAAAGUGACUCGGUCAGAGAUUCUCCGAUCUUCCGCGACAUCCUCUACGACAAUAUCCUCCAACACGGCCUCGACAUCUGGAACGGAUUCUCCUUGUGAGCCAGCUCGCGGCGCACUCCUCACUCGUCGAAAAACUCUUGCGUCGCAGCCCUCCGCAAAAUUCAAGGCUGCUAAUUCGACUCUUCGCCAGCCCCGUCCAGUGCUUCGGAGGGGUGUCACAGAUCCCAGAGGAGAAGAGAGAAACUCGAAUGUCUUUUCCCCAGAGAAGACCUUCUCGACCCCUGUGUCCGCCUUGUUCGGGGACGAAAAGCCUUCGCCAGCAGCGUUCGCAUCGACCGGAUUGGUCAAGAAGAAAUCAGGAACGCCAGGACUUGAGAUUCCUAGAUUCGGAGAUAGUGAGCCCGUCAAUCGAUUUGCUGGACUUCCGCGGAUCACACAACCUGUCAAAUCGAGAUUAGGCAUCAUGAUCGCACAAUCGCCUCCGACGCGGACCUCCUCUUUGGGAGGUUCGUCGAUACGCCGCGACGAUGGUUCAUUGGCCAGUGUCAGCGCUCCGCCUUCCGCAAAGACGAAUGAUACUAGUAGCUCUGAUGCUAGCGUAUCAGCGUAUGCUCGAGCCGCACAACAGACUCGGGGAUUAAGAAGGAAGACCAGUAGCAUGUUUGGACCUAGCACAUCUACCAGCAGUAUCGCGGAUUCUUCAGGUGCCGGCGGCGCGGCCUCGCCUGCAACUCCGACAAAACCAGGUCUAUUCUCCGUGCCGGGCCUAGGCAUCACCACCCCGUCACCUAUCGCUGGAGGACAGAAUGUCUACCCAUUCGCAUCUUCUUCCGUUACCGUACCGUCCUCUGCCUAUUCUUCUCGACAUGGCUUCCAUGACCCCACAUCGCCUAUCGAAUCGUCCCCUGCUCCAGUCCAUUCCUUUGCAUCCCGGCUCACACGGACCAUCAAACGACCCAUCGCUCGAGCUUCGAAUCCAAUGUUGGCGGAGUCCUUCAAGAUGGACGGUGCGGCAUUGAGUCAGGCCAAAAAGGCCUCCAAAGUUGGAUCCAAUGAGGCACUCAGAGUGGGAGGAAGUCGACUCGAUAAGGAAUUCGCCAUCGUCCACAGUCUCGGCAAGGGCGAAUUCAGCCAAGUCUGGAAGGUUGUCGAAAAGUCCACGGGAGUCAUGUAUGCUGUCAAGGCCGGGAGAACGUAUACCGGGUACAAAAACCGACUUCGCCAAUUAGAGGAAGUAUCUAUUCUUCGUCAACUGUCGCUCGACCCCCACGCCAAUAUCUUGACAUUUGUCGAUUCAUGGGAACAUUCCAAUCGUCUUUUCAUUCGCACAGAGCUGGCCUCGUGCGGUGACUUUGCGACGUUCCUCCUAACAAUUGCAGAUGCGGGUGCGAUGGGCGAAGCAAGACUGUGGAAGACCCUAUACGAGCUUUCAUUGGGCCUCAAGCACAUCCAUUCGAAUCAUUUCGUUCACCUCGAUUUGAAACCUUCCAACAUCCUCAUCACUCAAUCGGGGUCCCUCAAGAUUGCCGACUUUGGUAUGUCCUUGCUGGUCGCCUCGAAUGGUGAGAUCGGUGGGGUCAGCCCGGCUUUGCCAAAGAGCGGAAACGAUGGUGAAUUCCUAUGGAGCGACGCGUGCACCGAGGGUGUGGUACCUGUUCCGAGUCCGAUACUAGAUCGAGAAGUCGAAGGUGAUAGAGAAUAUCUUUGUCCGGAAGCUCUGAGCGAGCGGACAGUCGGGGCUGCAGCGGACAUGUACUCUCUUGGCAUCCUGCUUUUGGAGUCUGCUUUGAACGUCGUCCUACCGUCCAACGGCGAUGGAUGGGUCAAACUCCGAAACGACGACUUUUCAGACACACUCGAGCAUUACCUUCCAAGGGAGUCGGACGUCAAGAAUGGCUGCUCUAGUCCGCGACCUUGCUCGAAUCUACCGCUUUUGUCAUCGUCUAUGAUCGAUCUUAUAAAGGGCCUGAUGUGCAGUCGACCGCUGCAUCGCUGGACGCUGGACCGAGUGUUUGAAUACGAGCCAUUCAAAAAGAUGGCUAGGAUAGACGGCACCCGCUCAGUGGUGGACUCAAGCCGAGCCACCGUGUCGGACGCCAAUCAGGGGCAGGAUGCGACAGCGACACGACAUAUGACCGCUGCUCUGGUAGAAGAGGACGAAGGGUUUUUGAGGAUGAUCCUGGACGUAGCAUGAGAACGCGAGGCGAUGAGCCGAGCGGACCGCAGGAAGGCGGCACCUUUCGGCAAGAGCAUAGAGGUUUGGAAAAUUCAGCAAGUCUCGAUUUCGUUUUCGAUAUUCAAACUGUAGCACAAUUAGAACUGAACCAUGGGGACGGGACUCUCCUGACGAAAUAUCGCUUUGUAGGCGAUGGCGAGGGCAUAAGAAACCCCGAAAUGAUACAAAGGAUGACGAUGCAAUUUGAUCUACGUACGACGAAGCCUCGUCAAAACGAGCCGAGUGGUAUAAUAAGAGAUGUAACAGAGUCAC